AAACACUGAAUUUGUAAGUAAAUAACAACGAAGGAUUUAGCUGGAAGUCCAACGAGGCCGCGUUCUAAUUCAAGCGAGUCAAAACCGACUAGAAAAUCGAACCACGAACCUGUUGCUGAGAUGUAUACUAGUGUAUUACUUACAGUUUUGCUGGCGUUAGCCGUGCAGGGUAUUCCGAAGCAUCGUGAUCGAAGAGCGGUAGACUACAGGGCCCGGGCAGUCGAGAUCAUGAAACAGAGCCCACUCAUAGAUGGACAUAAUGACAUGCCGUAUCAAAUCCGCAAGCAAUACACCAACAGACUGGGAAACCUAAAGCUAAACCAUACCACUUGGCAAACAGACAUCACUAGACUCAGGUCUGGUCAUGUGGGAGCACAGUUCUGGGCUGCAUUUUCAUUUUGUGCAAACCAGCUAAAAAAUGCAGUCCUGCUCGGCUUGGAGCAAGUGUCUAUUAUCAAGCGCUUUGUAAACAAGUAUCCAGAUACUUUCAAGUUUGUCACUACGGCACAAGAAAUAAAAGAUGCCUUCAAAGAUGGCAAAAUCGCGUCUCUGAUUGGUCUAGAGGGAGGUCACAUGAUUGACUCAAGCCUAGGAACACUGAGAAUGUUUUAUGAUCUUGGAGUUCGAUACAUGACCUUGACGCACAAUUGCCAUACACCAUGGGCAAGUUCCAGCUCCAAACCAGCUAAGACUCUACAUGAUGGCCUUGAUGACUUUGGAAAGAUGGUAGUAAAAGAGAUGAACCGACUAGGAAUGCUCGUUGAUUUGUCUCAUGUGUCUCACAAAACAAUGAAUGACUCACUGGAUACAGUUAAGGCGCCAGUUAUUUUCAGCCAUUCGUCUGCCUACGCUCUAUGCAAACACCCCAGAAACGUACCGGAUGACGUACUAAGAAGAAUGCCUCAAAAUGGUGGUCUAGUGAUGGUUAAUUUCUAUUCAGCCUUCAUUGUAUAUAACGGAAGUCGAAACGCUACCAUUCAAGAUGUCGUUGAACACAUCGAUUACAUCAAGAAUGUGUCUGGUAUCGAUCACGUGGGCAUCGGAGCUGACUAUGAUGGAGUUACUGAGCUUCCCAUAGGACUAGAGGAUGUUUCCAAGUAUCCAGAUUUGAUAGCCUUGCUCCUCAAAAAAGGCUACACGGAAUCAGACAUCAAGAAGAUUUUAGGGGAGAAUCUCAUUCGUGUGAUGGAGAAAGCUGAAAAGGUAGCACGAGACAUGUCAAAGGACACUCCCUAUGACGACUUCCGUUUCUUUGAAAAUGUGACCUGUCGUCCUCAUUUUGGCGGGGGCGUUGAGUCUUACUCUAGUGACGCUGGCAGAAACAUAAGGGUCUCUCCCAUUAACCUCUCUUAAAAAUACCAGGAGAAAAGAUCUGAAGACUGCUAACCUGAUAUACUAAUACAGCAUUCGCGUGUCAAUAUUUGGUAACCUUACGUCACCUGGAAGGUCUGGAAGUGAACAUAGAGUCCUUCUUGAUUAUUCUCCCGUCAAAACCCUUAAAGUGUCGAAAAUGUGAAUCAAAACUUGAAGAUAGUAUAGCGAUGACACUUGAAAUUGUCCGUCAUCUUUGAAUUUAGCUUGCCCAAAACGUUUAAAAUCACCUUAUAUCGUUUCAUUUAGUAUCUAGAUCUCUUUCCGUUUUUUGUGUCUGGACCCGGUUGUACGAAGCCUGGAUAGCGCUAUCUAUCGGAUAAAUCCUUAUCCAGUGGAUAAAUUUAUUGGAUAACAGCAUCGACUUAUCCACUGGAUAAGGAUUUAUCCGCCGGAUAGCGCUAUCCAGGCUACGUACAACCGGGCCAUGGGCCUAGUUGCAUAAAGCUCUCUUAAGAUAAAAAAGCUUAAAAACACUCGUAAGUAUUGUCUUAGGACAAUGGCCUAUUGUUUUGGAACAAUACUUACGGAUGCUCUUAUCCUAAGAGAGUUUUAUGCAACCGGGCCCUGGCCUUCAAAUGUGCUGUAAUGUGAAUCCAAAGCAAUGUAUUUCUGAUCAUUAAUGCGUCCUAUCGUGAUUCUAGUAAUAAAAUUGAACUAACAUCA